AGAGAAGUUAGAAGAUGGAGGACGUGGUGAUUGCAGGAUUGGCAGGAAAGCUGCCAGAAUCUGAGAACAUGCAAGAGUUCUGGGAGAACUUACUCAGUGGAGUGGACAUGGUCACAGAAGAUGAUCGGAGGUGGAAGCCAGGACUUUAUGGGCUGCCCAAGAGAAAUGGAAAACUCAAGGACAUCAGCAAAUUUGAUGCCUCUUUUUUUGGGGUUCACCCCAAACAAACUCAUACAAUGGAUCCUCAGCUCCGCUUGCUGUUGGAGGCCUCUUAUGAAGCCAUUUUGGAUGGAGGUAUUAAUCCAGCUGCCUUGCGGGGCACAGACACGGGUGUCUGGGUAGGUGUGAGUGGGUCAGAAGCUGGCGAAGCAUUUAGCCAAGACCCUGAACAGCUGCUUGGAUACAGUAUGACUGGCUGCCAGCGUGCUAUGUUUGCCAACAGAAUUUCCUACUUCUUUGACUUAAAAGGACCAAGUAUGGCCAUCGAUACAGCAUGCUCCUCUAGCCUCAUUGCGCUGGAGAAUGCUUACAAGGCAAUUCGUCAUGGAGAGUGCAGUGCCGCCCUGGUAGGAGGGGUCAACCUCCUCUUGAAACCCAACACUUCUGUUCAGUUCAUGAAACUUGGUAUGCUUAGUCCAGAUGGAGCCUGCAAGUCCUUUGAUGCUGCAGGUAAGGGACUAGCUCCAGAUCACAUUGUGCUUUGCAGGAGACAGCUAGUUGGGGAUCCCCAGGAAGUGAAUGGCAUUGCAAAUAUUUUCUGUCAAUCGGUGCGAGAGCCUUUGCUGAUUGGAUCAACCAAGUCAAACAUGGGCCACCCGGAACCUGCCUCGGGCCUUGCAGCGCUAGCCAAGGUGAUUCUGUCUCUGGAACAUGGGCUGUGGGCUCCUAACAUUCAUUACAAUACCCCAAAUCCAGAGAUCUUGGCCUUACAGGAUGGCCGGAUCCAGGUGGUUACUAAACCUGUCCCAGUAAAAGGUGGCCUUGUCAGUAUCAACUCGUUUGGCUUUGGAGGUUCCAAUGUCCACGUCAUUCUGAGACCAAAUAAGAAGAAAUUCUGCUCUCUGGAGACGCACGAUCUGCCGCGACUGGUCCAAGUUUGUGGCAGGACACAGGAAGCAGUGGAAACGCUACUAGAGCAAAGCAGAAGACUGGGGGAGCACAGCUCCUUUGUGACCCUGCUCAAUGACCUCUCUGGGAUCCCAAUUUCAUCCAUGCCCUACAGGGGUCAUACUCUGAGUCUGUCCUGGCUUUGGAGGCUUGAGGCUGUCUGGAUGCUCUGUUCUGUUCCUUCUUCUGCUUCACUUCGUGGCAUGGGGACACAGUGGAAGGGGAUGGGCCUGAGCCUGAUGCAGCUGGAGCUGUUCCGACAGUCCAUCCUGCGCUCCGACAAGGCUCUGAAGGACACGGGACUCAAGGUAUCCGACAUGCUCCUGCGUGCCGACGAGAACACGUUUGAAGAUACUGUCCAUGCGUUCGUGGGCUUGGCUGCUAUUCAGAUUGCCCAAAUCGACAUUCUGAAGGCCAUGGACCUGCAGCCUGACGGGAUUGUGGGCCACUCGGUGGGAGAGCUGGCCUGCGGCUAUGCAGAUAGCUCCUUAAGCCAUGAGGAGGCCGUUCUUGCUGCCUACUGGAGGGGGCGUUGCAUCAAAGAGGCCCAGCUGCCCCCAGGAGGAAUGGCGGCUGUGGGUCUAACAUGGGAGGAAUGUAAGAGCCGUUGUCCUCCUGGCGUGGUACCAGCCUGUCACAACUCUGAAGACACCGUCACUGUUUCAGGGCCUCAGGCCGCGGUGAACGAGUUUGUAGCCAGGCUGAAGAAGGAAGGAGUGUUUGCAAAGGAGGUGCGCAGCGCAGGGGUUGCGUUUCAUUCCUAUUACAUGGCGUCCAUUGCACCCGUCCUACUGAGUGCCCUGCAGAAGGUCAUUCCAAAUGCAAAGCCGCGCUCAGCCCGUUGGAUCAGCACCUCCAUCCCCGAAUCUCAGUGGCAGAGUGAGCUGGCUCAGAAUUCCUCAGCCGAGUAUCAUGUGAACAACCUAGUGAGCCCAGUGCUGUUCCAGGAGGGUCUGAGGCAUGUUCCAGACAAUGCGGUCGUGGUGGAGAUUGCCCCGCAUGCCCUCUUACAGGCUAUCCUGAGGAGAAGCUUGAAACCAACCUGCACCAUACUACCUUUGAUGAAGAGAGAGCACAAAAACAACCUGGAGUUCUUCCUGACGCAUGUUGGGAAGAUCUACCUAACUGGAAUAAAUGUUCUCUCAAAUAAUCUGUUCCCACCUGUCGAAUAUCCUGUCCCAGUGGGAACCCCACUAAUCUCUCCAUACAUCUUGUGGGACCACAGCCAGACUUGGGAUGUCCCAAAAGCUGAAGACUUUCCCACUGGCUCUGGGGGAUCUUCAUCAGCAUCGGUCUAUAAUAUCGAUAUGAAUCCUGAAUCCUCUGAUUAUUACUUGGUUGGUCACUGCAUUGAUGGCAGAGUCCUGUAUCCAGCAACUGGCUACCUGGUGCUAGCCUGGCGAACACUGGCACGCUCUCUGGGGAUUACCAUGGAACAAAUGCCUGUUAUUUUUGAAGAGGUUACAAUCCACCAGGCAACAAUCCUUCCCAAGAAGGGUUCAGCACAGCUGGAGGUGAGACUCCUGCCUGCUUCCCACUGCUUUGAGGUGUCCGGGAAUGGAAACCUGGCUGUAAGUGGGAGAAUUUGCCUUUUGGAAGAAACUGCUCUAGAUAACUUCCAUAGCCAGCAAGGUGCCUGGGAGACCCAGCCGGACAGACCCAAGUUCAGUCUGUCCACGGCCGAUAUUUACAAAGAGCUGCGUCUGCGUGGGUACGACUAUGGGCCAUCGUUCCAGGGACUUCUGGAGUCUAACAAUGAAGGGAGCACCGGAAAAGCCCUGUGGAAUGGGAACUGGGUAACAUUCCUUGAUACCUUGCUGCAAAUGAUCAUCCUGGGUGAGACGGGUCACAGCCUCCGCUUACCAACUAGGAUACGCUCUGUGUGCAUCGAUCCCGCACUACACCAGGAGCGAGUGCACAAAUACCAGGAGGAUACUGAAGCUUGUGACGUCGUUGUUGACCGCUGCCUUGAUAACAUCAUGGCAGGAGGUGUUCGGAUCUGUGGGCUCCAUGCCACGGUGGCACCUCGGCGACAGCAGGAGCAGAUACCUCCCACCCUGGAAACAUUUUGCUUUGUGCCUUACGUUGAGAAGGAUUGUUUGUCUUCAGAGGCCCAUCUCCAUGCCCACUUGGAACAUUGCAAAGGUCUGAUUUGCAACUUACAGGAGAAGGUAGCAAUCCAUGGAGUCAAACUGGCCAUCCCAGGGCUAGAGACUGGGGGGGCCUCUGCAGGGCCUGUGUCCAUGCAGAAGGGCCUCCUCCACAUCCUGGCUGAAAUCUGCCAUCUGGAUUUGAAUGGCAACCUGUAUACCGAGCUAGAGCAGAUUGUUACUCGGGAGAAGGUGCAUCUGCAGGAUGAUCCCCUCCUCAAUGCCUUGCUAGAUUAUCCUCAGCUGAAGGCUUGUGUGGAUACAGCUCUGGAGAACACUGCAAGCCACAGGAUGAAGAUAGUGGAGGCUCUGGCAGGAGAUGGACGUCUGUUCUCACGUGUUCCUGGUCUCCUAAACACUCAACCCAUGCUGCAGCUGGACUACGCUGCCACUGACCGAGCCCCAGAAGUCCUUUCCAUCAGCGAGAGCCAGCUGCAGGAACUGGGGGUUUCCACUGCACAGUGGGAUCCUCUCAACCCUCCUCCUGGACACCUGACUGGUGCUGACCUGCUGCUGUGCAACUGCUCUGUGAGCAUGUUUGGGAACCCAGCGGAGACCCUCUCUAACCUGGCCGCCGCAGUGAAGGAAGGAGGGUUUGUCUUACUGCACACGCUUCUGAAAGGAGAAAUGCUUGGCGAAACCAUCCGUUUCCUCACAGCUCCCGAUCUUCCGCAGAGGGGCCUCUUGGCUCAGGCAGAAUGGGAGGAUUUAUUUAGCAAGGCCUCAUUGAAUCUGGUUGCUGUGAAAAGAUCCUUUUUUGGCUCUGCCAUCUUCCUAUGCCGCCGGCAGGCUGCUGCCAAGAUCCCUCUUUUCCUGCCCGUAGAUGAGACCCAUUACAAGUGGGUGGAAUCUUUAAAGGUGAUCUUAGCUGAUACAUCUGAGCAGCCUGUGUGGCUGACUGCUACCAGCUGUGGGCAUUCAGGAGUUGUGGGAAUGGUGAACUGUCUACGCCAGGAACCAAGGGGCCACAGGAUCAGAUGCCUGUUUGUUUCCAACCUGCAUUCGUCCUCGUCUGUCCCUCCGACCAGCCCUUCUGCCAUGGAGAUGCAGAAAAUUCUGCAGGGAGACCUGGUGAUGAAUGUCUAUCGUGACGGAGAGUGGGGCUCCUUCAAACAUUUUCUGUUGCAGCAAGCCCAGCCUCAAGAGAUGACCGACUAUGCUUAUGUGAAUGUGCUGACUCGUGGGGACCUCUCAUCCCUUCGCUGGAUUGCCUCUCCACUUCGCCACUUCCGCACGACCAGUCCCAACAUCCAACUCUGCAGGGUCUAUUAUGCAUCUCUUAAUUUCCGCGACAUUAUGCUGGCCACAGGGAAGCUCCCUCCAGAUGCCAUCCCAGGUAACUGGGCUCUGCAGCAGUGCAUGCUGGGAAUGGAAUUCUCAGGACGGGAUGCUUCUGGAAAAAGGGUGAUGGGAUUGCUCCCAGCCAAAGGACUGGCUACUGUGGUGGACUCUGACCAGAGGUUUUUGUGGGAGGUGCCAGAGGCCUGGACUCUGGAGGAGGCAGCCUCCGUGCCAGUGGUCUAUGCCACUGCUUACUAUGCGUUAAUUGUGCGUGGCGGCAUGCGGAAGGGCGAGAGUGUGCUCAUUCAUUCCGGCUCGGGGGGCGUGGGCCAGGCAGCCAUUGCUAUUGCGCUGAGCAUGGGCUGCCGUGUCUUUGCUACUGUGGGUUCUGUUGAGAAGCGCGAGUAUCUCCAGGCAAGAUUCCCUCAGCUGGAUGCCAACAGCUUUGCCAGCUCUAGAAAUACCUCCUUUGAGCAACACGUACUGCGGGUCACCAAGGGGAAAGGGGUCAACCUGGUAUUAAACUCCUUGGCAGAAGAAAAGCUCCAAGCCAGCCUACGUUGCCUUGCUCGACAUGGACGCUUCUUGGAAAUAGGCAAAUAUGAUCUGUCCAACAACAGCCCACUUGGAAUGGCCCUGUUCCUGAAGAAUGUAGCAUUUCAUGGAAUCCUGCUUGAUGCCAUAUUUGAAGAGGGAAGCCAGGAGUGGGAGGAGGUGUCAGACCUGCUGAAGAAGGGUAUAAGAGAUGGGGUGGUAAAACCGCUGAGGACUACGAUCUUCAACAGAGAGGAGAUAGAAGCUGCUUUCAGGUUCAUGGCACAAGGAAAACACAUUGGCAAAGUUGUGAUCAAGGUCUGUGAGGAAGAGAAGGAAUUUCCUGUGAGAAAGAUGGAGCCAGUCAGACUCUCUGCCAUCUCCCGAACGUCCUGCCCACCUACCAAGUCCUACAUCAUCACAGGAGGCCUAGGUGGCUUUGGGCUGGAAUUGGCUCAGUGGCUGGUUGAGAGAGGCGCUCAGAAGCUUGUACUGACCUCUCGUUCCGGCAUCCGAUCUGGUUACCAAGCUAAACGAGUCAGAGAGUGGAGGGAGAUGGGAGUCCAGGUCCUGGUAUCCACCAAUGAUGUUGGGACUUUAGAGGGAACACAGCACUUAAUAGAAGAAGCUUCACAGCUUGGACCAAUUGGGGGCAUCUUCAACUUGGCCAUGGUCCUUAAAGAUGCCAUGCUAGAGAAUCAGUCUCCAGAAUCCUUCCAUGAUGUCAGCAAACCCAAGUAUGCAGGCACCCUUCAUCUGGACAGGGUGAGUCGUGAAAAGUGUCCAGAUCUGGACCAUUUUGUUGCUUUUUCCUCUAUAAGCUGUGGAAGAGGAAAUGUCGGGCAGAGUAACUAUGGUUUUGCCAACUCUACCAUGGAGCGCAUCUGUGAGCAGCGACGACAUGAUGGGCUCCCAGGCUUGGCUGUGCAGUGGGGCGCCAUUGGUGAUGUGGGUGUUGUCUUGGAGACAAUGGGCAGUAACGACACUGUGGUUGGUGGAACUCUUCCCCAGCGACUCAGCUCAUGCCUGGAGGUUCUGGACCGCUUCCUGAAUCAGCCUCGUCCUGUCAUGUCUAGCUUUGUUCUGGCAGAGAAGGUCUCAGUGAGGAAUGAAGGAAGCGGCCAGCGGGACCUAGUAGAGGCUGUUGCCCACAUUCUCGGUGUCCGUGACGUGAGCAGUCUGAAUGCUGAGAGCUCUCUGGCAGACCUGGGCUUGGACUCCCUGAUGGGAGUAGAGGUGCGGCAGACCCUGGAGAGGGACUACGAUAUCGUCAUGACUAUGAGAGAAAUUCGACUGCUCACCAUUAACAAACUGCGAGAACUCUCCUCCAAGUCUGCAACAGCAGAGGAGUUGAAACCAUCCCUUCUGAUGAAAGCUGGCCAGGCUGAUCACCCUGAAUUGGAUUUGAGCAACCUGCUGGUGAACCCAGAAGGGCCAACAGUCACCCGGCUCAAUGAGGUACAGAGCACAGAGCGCCCUCUCUUCCUCAUUCACCCCAUCGAAGGGUCCAUCACCGUUUUCCACUCCCUCGCCUCCAGACUCAGCAUGCCUAGCUAUGGGCUCCAGUGCACAAAAGCUGCUCCCCUGGACAGUAUCCAGAGCCUGGCUGCCUAUUACAUUGACUGUAUAAAGCAAGUGCAGCCCGAGGGACCCUAUCGCAUUGCCGGAUACUCCUUUGGAGCCUGCGUGGCCUUUGAAAUGUGCUCCCAGCUGCAAACUCAGCAAAACCCCUCCCAUUCACACAACAGCCUCUUCCUGUUUGAUGGGUCCCACUCAUUUGUGGCAGCAUAUACUCAGAGCUACCGAGCCAAGCUGACCCCGGGGAAUGAGGCUGAGGCAGAGACUGAAGCGUUGUGUGCCUUCGUCCAGCAGUUCACAGGCACGGAAUACAACAAGUUGCUGGAGACUCUUCUGCCUCUGCAAGACCUGGAAGCUCGUGUCAAUGCUGCUGUGGAUUUGAUAACACAGAGCCACAAAAACAUCAAUCGUGAAGCUCUCCGCUUUGCUGCUGCUUCCUUUUACUACAAACUGAAGGCUGCCGACAAGUAUGUGCCAGAGUCAAAGUAUCAUGGGAAUGUGACACUACUGAGGGCAAAGACCCACAGCGAGUAUGAAGAAGGCCUGGGUGGAGAUUACAAGCUCUCUGAGGUCUGUGAGGGGAAAGUGUCUGUCCAUGUCAUUGAAGGGGAUCACCGUACCUUCUUGGAGGGAGCUGGUGUCGAGUCAAUCAUUGGUAUCAUCCACAGCUCCCUAGCAGAACCCCGGGUUAGCGUCCGAGAGGGUUAGCCCCUUUCGGCUCACCAAGAGAAUUCCAGCAAUACCUCCCUUCUUAUGACAGGCCCCAAGGAACUCUUCUUGUCAUCCAACAUCGCAUCUGCUCUGCAGGCAGGUCUGGGAAGUCCUGCUAAUGGAUGUCUCUCUCCAGUGUUGUGGCAUUCUCACUCUGCACUGCUCUAUGGACCCACAUCCAUGGCUACUUCCUACACCUUUUGGCAGCAUGAAAAAACAGCUUAGGAGUAGACUUCUUUUCUUGUGCUAUGUAUCAUUUUGUUGUCUUAACAGUAUUCCAAAGGGUAAGUGAAAGCACUUGUUAACCAAGCCCAGUGAGCCAAGAGGGGAGCUGCAGCUGAUUUUGGAGACCUCUGUUGAUCUGUGAAGAAUCCGUCUGCAGUUAAGUUGGAUAGAAUUCAGUUGAGGCUCUUGUAACUUUUUUUAUUUGAAAUAUUUUACAUAUUUAUUGCAUCAACUUCCCAGUCUUAAUUUAUCAUUAAUUUAAAGAAAACAAAACAAACCAUACUUUGGAAGUUUUUUUCCUUCUACCGAGUGAAGUUGCCAGGUGUGUGGUUUUUUUUCUUAAACCAAAAUGUAUCUUUGCAGCAGUCUCUCUGCCCCACCGCCCCCGCUUCACCAAGAGAGCGAGACUGGGAGGGUCUCAAGAUGCUGCUGUGAUAGGCAUAUUAAGUAAUUGGGGUUGAUCCUCAAAAGGUUGGCCAGAGGCACAUAUCACGUGUAGGCUGCGCAGGGCCCUGUAUUUCUGGAGUCCCUGCAACAUCAGACCCCUCUCCAGCAUACAUCUCCCUCUACCCAUUUCUGACCCACUAUUACUAAUUCAGCCAUACACACUUUGAAAAAUUAGCUCAGACUUUCACCCUCCUGCCCCAUGAUCGGACCCCCUGCUCUCCCACAACCAAAGUUCUGCAGUGGUUAUAGCUCUCUGCCUAAUACCACUACCUGGCCAAACCUAGGGUCAUCCCUGCGUGCAUACCUCCUCUCCUCCGUGAGACUGGAAAUCCUACAUUAGCCAAGUAACCAGUUCAGUGGCAAAUUAUUGUAAAAGAUUUGAUAACUUUCUAAAAGUGUCACUGUAUUUUAUAAUCCAAUAAGGCCUUUUUCUUGCUUUUGCUAUGCUGGGAUCUGUCUUUAGGAGAACCAGUGAAUCCAUGCUGCACCUAUGAUACAGAGGGAGCACAGGGACCAAAUGGCAUCAGCCAGAUGGGAGCUUUUGUACCCCUCGGAACCGCUUUAUAACCCAGCUCUCACUAGAUUACCUGUCAGUACUAGCACAGCCCAACGACAGGCACAGGUUCUGAGAUGGGUGCAUAGUCAAUUAAACCACCCUCUGUGGAUGGCAGCUGAGUAACUGGUUUUAGUUUAAUAAAAUACGUGUGUGGAAAUUUGAAAUGCGAACAUCGUGUGGACUUAAAACAUUUCCAAGUCGGUCCUGUUCUGUUUUGUCAUUUUUUACAUACCUUGGGUAAAAUGCUGCUCUAGAGAGUGUUCUUUCCCCAUUGGCGCUCCUACAAUUAAAUGAGAAUUGAUCUCUG